AUGGCGUCCAACAUCACGUUCGGCGCUUCCAUAGUGCCCACCAAGACCGACGACAACCGCCUGCUGCCUCAACCGACCACAGAAUCGCCAGCACUUACCCCUGCUGUCUCCCGUGACGACUUCUACAACAGCAACGUGCCAAUACAAUCACCCUUCUACCAGCACCCACCUGCUUCGCACGAAGUCGUCUCACACAGCCGCCAGAACAGCGAUAAUAAGGUGUCGACGGCCGUGUUCGAGAAGGACGUCGAGAGUGGUAACGUCACUCCCCUGUCCGGCGCCGACGACGAGAACCCAUUCACCAGAGACCAUGGCAUCGAGAACAACAAGGAGUGUGCCAUGUGGCCAUCGAGAAAGACCUUGAAGCAGAAGAAGAAGGAGGAGAGGAAGCUCAAGAGAGACCAACGGGGAUGCACAAGCUGUGCGCCCGUCAUGAACGCCUGGAGCAAGCUCACCAAGAAGCAACGCUUGCUGGUCAAGAUUGCUGUCGCUCUCUUCCUCGUUGGUGUUGCCGUAGCUAUCGGUGUCGGCAUCAGCGUGGCUGUUAAGGGCACCUACUAUGUUGCCGAUGGCAGCUCGAAGCACAUUGGAAGAUGA